UGCAGGUCUGGGGACAUUGCCGGCAACAUGCGCCUGCUGCGGGCCCUGCUCUGCCUCCGGCUGCUGGCCGAGGCCACCAUGGCUUCCCGGGUACGCACCCGCCGGGAGCUGGCCCCCGGCUUGUACGAGCACGGGGUUUACGAUGCCAGUGGGUCCUACUGCCAGCGAGGGGAUGUCUGCUGCCAUGGCCGGGACGACGGCUGCACCGUGCCCUACCACGACACCCUCUGCUACUGUGACCUCUUCUGCAACCGCACCAUCUCCGACUGCUGCCCUGACUUCUGGGAGUACUGCCUGGGCAUCCCGGCCCCCUUUCCCAAAGCUCCAGGCUGUGCCCGCACCGGCCGCAGCUACCCCACCGGAGCCACGUACCGGGAGAACUGCAACCUGUGCACCUGCGGCCCCGGCGGGCAGUGGCAGUGCGAGGACCACGCCUGCCUGAUGGACGGGGAGCUGAUCGACGCCAUCAACAGGGGCAAUUACGGCUGGAGAGCCGCCAACUACAGCCAGUUCUGGGGCAUGACGCUGGAGGACGGGAUCCGGCACCGCUUGGGCACCUUCCGGCCCUCUCCCACCGUCAUGAACAUGAACGAGAUGCACAUGAACAUGGACUCCAACGAGGUGCUGCCCCGCCACUUUGAUGCAGCUGCGAAGUGGCCCGGGAUGAUCCAUGAGCCCCUGGACCAGGGCAACUGCGCCGGUUCCUGGGCCUUCUCCACGGCGGCCGUCGCCUCGGACCGCAUCUCCAUCCACUCCAUGGGACACAUGACGCCCGCCCUGUCACCCCAAAACCUCCUGUCCUGCGACACCCGCAACCAGCGGGGCUGCAGCGGGGGCCGGCUGGACGGCGCCUGGUGGUACCUCCGCAGGCGAGGGGUGGUGACGGACGAGUGCUACCCCUUCACCAGCCAGGAGAGCCAGCCGGCGGCACAGCCCUGCAUGAUGCACAGCCGCUCCACGGGCAGGGGCAAGCGGCAGGCGACGGCGCGCUGCCCCAACCCCCAGACCCACGCCAACGAGAUCUACCAGUCCACCCCCGCCUACCGCCUCUCCUCCAGCGAGAAGGAGAUCAUGAAGGAGCUGCUGGAGAACGGCCCCGUGCAAGCCAUCCUGGAGGUGCAUGAGGAUUUCUUCAUGUACAAGAGUGGGAUCUAUCGGCACACGCCGGUGGCCGAGGGGAAGGGGACGAAGCACCAGAGACACGGGACCCACUCGGUCAAAAUCACCGGGUGGGGAGAAGAGCAGCUGCCUGAUGGCCAGACCCAAAAAUACUGGACUGCGGCCAACUCCUGGGGCACGGCAUGGGGUGAGGGCGGCCACUUCCGCAUCGCCCGCGGCGUCAACGAGUGCGAGGUGGAGACCUUCGUGGUGGGUGUCUGGGGCCGCGUCAGCAUGGAGGACAUGGCCCACAAGUGAGCGCCCUGCUGCCCAUGGCCCCCCCACCCUGGGGCCCCCCAGCCCCGCAGAUGUCCUUGUCCCCACGAUGGCCCUGCCCAGCGCUGCAGCCCCUCCAUCCCCUCCUGGGGGCACCUGUGGGGUGGGACCCCCAUGCAGCCCCGUGCGCCCGGGCAGGGGGAUGGGACUGUCCCCUGGGUCCCCAUCCCCAGGGGCCGU